AUGAUCCAACUGAACGAAUUCAUAGAUAGACAAGUUGCUGAUUCAAAUCCUAAGAUAAAGAAGUUUUUUGAACAAGCAAUUAAAGAUUGGGACAAAGACUUACACGAGGAAGCGGAACGUGCCAAGGUACAAAAACUAAUCAAUAGCCUUGGUGAGAGUGAAAAAAACGAAAUCAGAAAGAUUCGAAAAGAUUACGAUAAAGAAGCGAAGAAACUUGGCUUGGACCACUUAAUCCAGUCUAAGGAAUAG